CAGAUCAUAGCUUUCCAUCUCAGCUUUCAAAGCAGGUUAGGUCCAAAAUGAAACAGGUAUCAAACUGUAGGCCCGAUGCAAAAGCCGGAAGAUUGUGGUUAAUUAAACGCAACAUGAUUCCAGGCUUCUUGAGGCGCAUAUAACGCCAUUUCUGAGGAGUCAGCCUUUGCUUCACUAUCAAACGAAAUCGAUUUAAGCGAUAUUUGUCUCCAGCCUGCUUCCGUCCAGAUGGCGGAACAGCUUUUGAAGAUCUUCUCCUUCUGGCCUUCCACUAAACAGGGUGCCGGCUUUUCCUCAUUGCUUCGCCUCCCCCCCCCCGCCUUUCGAGGCUGAGUCAGCGCAGUACCCCAAGACGUUUUCCUCCUCCCGCCGGGAGCCCCAUCUGGUUGGCGGCCGCUUUCUCCCUCUCCCCCUUUCUUCCCCGCCUCCUCAGAGGCCAGCCAGCCUGCCUGCCCCGGGAGGCAGCGCAGAGAAAGAUGCAGCGGAGCUACUUUGGAGGCAGCGAGGAAAUGGAGGCAAUGGUUGGUGGUGUUUCGGCGCGGCCAGACAACCGGCGCUAAAGGGAACACUCAGGCUUGUUGCUGGUGGAAGCCGCGGAGGCGAGCCGAGCCGAGCCAAGGGCGAUGCAGCUGCAAUUACAGCUGCAGCCGAUGUUGGCUGUCCCUGUAAUCGGCUGAAGCGAGGCUCUUUCGGUGGCUCAGCCGGUAACAGGGCUAUCAGGGCGGCCCUGGAAAAAGGCGACAAGCACAAUGCGCUAGGCAGACGCGGUGCUGCGUUGCUGAGCAACUGCGGCCCGGGGAAGAGGCUGUUCAGCUCACGAUCCCCGGCGGCGACAGGAUCCCAUCUGCGAUGUAACUCAAGGGAGGCGCGUUGCACGAAGGCCUCCCUCCAGAAGCGCUGGCCUUCGGCCGUGGGCAAAUAAAUGGUUCCUCUUGGGCCUCAAAGGGAUUGGCUCGUUUGACACAUCCUCGGGACCCCCACCUUCCUCCUUGCUUUAUUUCAGACCUCCUGCAUUUCCUGAGGCAGCUACCCUGGCACAGCUGAGCAGUUCUGGCCAAAUCUGAACAUCCCCUACCUGGUGCUUGACCCUGGCCAGCCUGGAGGCAUCCUGAACUGAUUCCUGGGCAGGGAUCUUUUCCCACAUGUUGGAACCUUUGUGAAGAAUAAUAAACCAAUUCAAGCCAUCUUCCAUAUCCUGUUAGAUAUGAAAGGCCUAAAGGAUUGAUACUUGAGGACAAAAGUAGCGGGUACUACUCAGUCACUGCAAAGAAAUGUUCACAAUUUCCCCAAAGAAUUUCUGUAGCUUCUAUCAAAUACAUUAAGUGUUUAGGCAGUUUUAAAAGUUUUAUGUGAAAAAAGUAACAUAAUCAUCCACCUAUAGUAGAAUGUAUUCUGUUAUUAACAAAUAGAUCACAUAUAAUAAUAUAUGAGGAUCCUCAGCUGCAUUGUGACAGUUAUGCUGUUGUAUAUACAUUUCACUGAAUCCUAUUCAGCUUAUUCUGAGUAAUAUAUGAUUGCAUGGUAAUUGGGCUUCUUAAUUCUGUGCUGUUGUCUUUUACAAAUUUGUUGUGAGUGAGCAUUGUGCAAACAGCAGUGUUGAUAGGGCUUAUUAAAAACUGAUUUAUUCUUAAGAAUAUUGAUUCACAGAAACACAGCACAUCUGUAUGUAUUUUCAAAAUUAUCUGAUAUGGGAAAAAAGUUUUGAAAUUAAUUGCAGAAUUACCUUUCAACUGUAGGAAAAUUAGAAAAAUAAAUUUAGGGAAUUUUUUUUGUCAUACCUGAUCAUAUGCUUGCUUAUUUGAAUAGUUGAGCUCAGUAGCAUUUGCAGCCUAAUUCUAUAACCUUUGAGACUCUUGCUAAAGCUUCUUCCAGCAGUUAUAAAUAAAUUCUCAUUUUUUAAAUUAACCUAUUCAUAUAUGUUCAGGAUGGCAAAUCAUAUUGCUAAAUUUGAAUGGUUAUGCAGUAAACUUAAUAACAAAGAAGGGGAACCUCAUUUUUUUCUCUAUUCAUGCAAAAUUACACUGAAAUCUCUUAAGCUGCUAUAUAUUGCAUUCAAAACUUUGCUUUGUUAUAUAGGAACAUUUCUUUAAUUCUCCAUAUAGAUGAAAACAUACUGAAAUUUAGGGCAACUAAAUGGAUUUCUCUUUUCUGCAAAAAUAAUAAUACAAGAAGAAGACAAACACCAUAGGUAGUUUAAAGGCUGUGUAUUAGACACCUUACAGUGUAUUCUGUAUUUCAGAGAUCUUUUGUUAUUUGUAGAGACUGUUCAUAAAAUAAAUAAAAGGGUACACAUUAAUUUAUUUUUGUGGCUUUUAAAAAGCAGAAACUAACAGAAGUUACAUGGCUCAUAUCUGACAUCAUGCACCACCGGUGGCUGCUGUUAGCUGUAUGCUUUUGGGUAAUAUUCAUGUUCAUGGUUGCUAGCAAGUUCAUCACACUGACCUUCAAAGAUCCUGAUGUUCAUGGUGCCAAGCAAGAGCCAGUAAUACCAACAACUAUACCUGAAGUAGGAAAAGAUCACGUAACAAAAGAUAAGAGGCUGCCUGGACAAUUUCAGACAAUAGGAAAAAGUCUAUCUGAAGACCUCGUACAUGAAGGCCUGGUCCAUAUGGAGAGGCUUGAACUACUCAGGAAUGUCUGCCAAGAUGCAUCUCUGAAAAACCUCACCCAUACUACUGUUUCCAAGUUUGUUUUGGACCGAAUUUUUGUAUGUGACAAGCACAAGAUCCUCUUCUGUCAAACUCCAAAAGUUGGCAAUACUCAAUGGAAAAAAGUCUUGAUUGUUUUAAAUGGAGCUUUUCCUUCCAUCAGUGAGAUCCCUGAAAACAUUGUGCAUGACCAUGAGAAGAACGGUCUUCCACGCUUAUCUUCCUUCAGUGAUUCUGAAAUUAAAAAAAGAUUGAAAUUGUAUUUCAAGUUCUUCAUCGUAAGAGAUCCUUUUGAGAGGCUUAUUUCUGCAUUUAAGGAUAAAUUUGUCCACAAUCCUAGAUUUGAACCUUGGUAUAGACAUGAAAUUGCUCCUGGAAUUAUUCGAAAAUAUAGAAAGAAUCGCACUGAGACUAAAGGACUACAGUUUGAGGACUUCGUGCGCUACCUAGGUGAUCCAAAUCAUCGAUGGUUAGAUAUACAAUUUGGAGAUCAUAUAAUUCAUUGGGUAACCUAUGUUGAACUAUGUGCCCCCUGUGAAAUAACAUAUAGUGUAAUUGGACAUCAUGAAACUUUGGAAGAAGAUGCAGCGUACAUCUUAAAGGAAGCAGGAAUUGACCAUCUGGUAUCUUAUCCUACAAUUCCUCCAGGCAUAACGAUAUAUAACAAAACAAAAGUGGAACAUUAUUUUUCAGGCAUAAGCAAGAGAGACAUAAGGCGCCUUUAUGCCCGCUUUGAAGGAGAUUUUAAUCUUUUUGGCUAUCAAGAACCAGAUUUUCUACUAAAUUAGUAUCUAGAAAUUCUGGGCAAAUGAAUCUAAAUCUUAAUUGUAAACAUAUACUGUGUAACUGAGGCUCUUACUGCAAAUAUAUACUGUGUAACUGAGGCUCUUAUUGCAAUAUUUCUAGAUUUUUCCAAAUGUUCCUUGCAUUUAUUGAAUAUUUGCAAUAGGAGCCACAAAGAACUGCCAAUUAGUCAUUAAAAAUAUUACUACAUGACACUGCUACAGCAGUGCAAAAAUUACAAAGAUAGUAAAUGUCAGAUAUUCCUUUUUUCCUAGUAAUCUGUAAAAAAGCUUGAUAUGAAUACAAAACAAAACAUUUAGAAAGGCCAGGAAAUACCACUUAUAUCAAUGGCCUUACAAAUCUAUGGAGGCCAAACAGAUUGGUAAGUACUGUAUAAUUUAAGGAAAAUACUUCAGAUCCUACCAUGGAAUCAAUCUGAAAGUCCUUUUGCUGUAGUCUUGUGAUGGUUGCUUACUGUUAUUCAUUCAGGAAAUAACAGUUGCACAAAUUUUAAUUUGUAAAUUCUGAGUUAUCAUGAGGUGAAAAAUCUUUUGCAAGAUAAGCUAUAGAUCCCAUUGAAAAAUUUUUUAGACAACAUUAAAAAUGAUUCUUCAUUUGCUGAGUAAUCUUAAAUAAAUCCCAAUACAGUAUUGACUGCAUAGGAUCAUUAAGUCCAUGCAUUUGCUAAUCCUACUCCCCAGUGGUGCUACUAUAAAGUUGCCAUAAUGAAUGAGAUCAACAUUCUAUUGAAACCUAGCAUCUUAUUUUUGGGAUUUCUUACUUUUAAGAAAUAACCACAUCUCAAAUCCUGAUCUUAUAAAACAUCACAAAAUUGAAAAGCAGGUGCCUAUUGGUAUAAAUAUGUUGAAUCAUACUCAUCAUGAGGCAUAAUUCUGUCUCUAUGCUCAAUAAUUUAUGUGGAGUUUUCACAAUCAGCCACUGGGUUUGGUUAUUUCAGGUUCAUAAAAUAAAUAAAUUAUCCUUCCUCCCCAAAUACUCAAUUUUUCCAAAUGAGUUUCUUUUUAUACUUUUACAGCAGAAUUUGUCAUAUAAAAUCAUCAAUGAAUAAACAGCCAGCUUAAUCCAGAAUAUUGAUGUCUGUAUGCAUAAGAAUGGAAAUAUUAAUAUAAAAUGUAAAUGCCCAAGAUUAUAAAAGUAUAAUAUGUGGGUGUUCUUUCUGUUGGAUGAAGAUAACUUUAUGUUCACCAGCAAUAAAAUCUUAUAGUUUGUUCCCUUGGGUUUUCAGGAGGAACAAACCAGUUAAAUUUUAGUUAGCAGUAUAUCAAAAAAGGAAAUCUGGAGUAAUACUUUACAUGCUCUAGUAAUAUCUUAAUGACCAUGGUGUAAAUGAAGAGAAAAUCUAUUAAACUGAUUAUAAUUCUCAAGGACUUUUGUAUUUGUAAACUUGAAAAAAAAA